GGCGUUGGAACUGAGAAAUAUAAAUCGGGAUUUGUUUUGAUGGAAAUGGAGGCAGAUAAGAGCAAGGCGGAGGCCUUUCCAUGGCACCUGGGCGUCUACGAUGCGCAUUGUCAUCCAACAGAUACCAUGUCUAGCAUCGAGGCGAUACGGAAUAUGAAGGCGAGAGCACUCACCGUCAUGGCUACAAGAGCCGAAGACCAGCAGCUUGUUACGGCUGCUGCAGACAAGCACAGCAUUCGAUCGCCAGAUCCGUCGCAAUGGUCGAGGGAUGAAUGCAUCGUGCCGUGUUUCGGGUGGCAUCCCUGGUUCUCCUAUCAAAUGUAUCUCACCAACGCCAUUGAUGGUGAGAGCCACUGGAAAGAGCAGGGAAAUCUCACAGGCGACGACAAGAUUGCACAUUACAAGACUGUGCUGCAGCCAGCCCGCGAAAACCCCAGCGACGAGGAUAUCAAGAUAUACCUCUCACUCCCGGAUCCCACGCCCUUUUCCACGUUUCUGGUUGAAACGAAAAAGCUACUUCACAAAUACCCGUAUGCUCUCGUCGGCGAAAUCGGGCUCGAUCGUUCCUUUCGCAUCCCCGAGUCGUGGACCGGAAACCAGCAUCUCUGGGCGAAGCGCGACAAGACGCUGACGCCCGGUGGCCGCGAAGGUCGCCGCUUGACGCCUUUCCGCUGCAGUCCCGCACACCAGAAGAAGAUUUUCAAACUGCAAUUACAGCUCGCGGCGGAAAUGGGGCGCGCAGUCAGUGUGCAUGGCGUGCAGGCCCACGGGCUAGUGCUAGAAGUGCUCUCGGGCCUCUGGAAAGGCCACGAAAAACACGUCCUGAGUAAGCGCGAGCGCAAGAAACGCGGACAGGACCAUCCUGCCGCCGAAGCCGCCAUCGCGGCAGACGAGAAUUCACAAAGCAAAACUGCAGAAACCCAGCGCCCCACGACGCCCUACCCCCCGAGAAUCUGUCUGCAUUCGUACUCGGGAAACGUGUCGAAUUUCAAGCAGUACCUGAACCCGGCGGUUCCAGCAAGGAUUUUCGCCAGCUUCAGCACGGCGAUCAAUCUCUCGGAUGCUUUGCUUGAAGAGACUCCCGCUGGCUUCGAGGAAAUGGUUAGGACGGUGCCGGAUGAUAUGCUGCUUGUCGAGAGCGAUUUGCACACUGCAGGCGAUGAAAUGGAUAUCAGGCUCGAAGAUAUCGUACGCAGGAUAUGCAGGGUUAAAGGGUGGAGUUUGCAGGACGGUGUGACGCGGUUGGCGAGGAACUGGAAGAUGUUUGCGUUUGGAGAGGACUGAGGCUGGUGGAAUUGUACGUGUAUGCAUUUUGACGUGUUGAGGUUUCCCUGUUUGCACAAGCACGCGAUGGAUGGGGGACGGGUGAAACCUGAGUGUGGACCGAAAGACUUGUUUGUUGCAUUGACGCAGCAACUGUCCGUCGGAAGAAGCGUCCGAUGAAGCGCAUGGAGAAGCCACUUCAACCGCCGUCCGUAUCCCCAUCUCCCCCCUUGCACAUCCUCAACUAACAUCUGGCCACUAUACUGUCGGUCUUGCCGC